UUUUUUUAUUGCCUUAUUGUUUAUAUUAGUGAUCAAAAGAUUUUAAUGCAGUCUAGAUUCUUAGAUCUUAUGCUGUUAGUGUCGCCACUUGUUUUGAAAGAUUUCUUUUUUUUUUAUCAUUACUUUAGAUUAGGUAGAUCUAGAUGUAUGAUUUGUGGAUAAACCUUGAAAUCUCGGACCUUUAAAUGUUAUCUAUACCAUAGAUUAGAUAAAUUGUCUCUAUUUACAAAUUCAUUGAAAUUGCAUUUCCCCUAGACCAAACUCGGCCUCUGUGAAGUUGGACUUUGACCCGUAAUCAGCCACUUUUUUGAAAAUUCGUAGUCUAGAUAUAUCUAUAUAAUUCUCUAUGACACAUGAUUGAUUGUCUUCUGACAAAUGAAGUUUCAAAAAAAAAAUAUUAUUUAAUGGUUGACAAUUGGCUUGGGAGAAUACUUAAAUCUGGAUCAACCAAGGAAAUAUUUAAUUCCUUCCAAAAUGGAAAGAACUGAAUUGAAAGAUGAUUCAUCUGGGGAGAUGACUGUAUUCAUACCAUCAGAAACCAAAAAUUUGAAAGACCAGGACUCUUGUGUGAAAUUUUCAGAUGAAAAAGAAGAUGAAGAGGAUGAACGAGAGCAUUGGACACGUGGUCUUGACUUCAUCUUGUCAUUGAUUGGCUAUGCUGUUGGCGUGAGCAACCUUUGGAGAUUUCCAUAUCUAGCUUUGAGAAAUGGAGGAGGUGCUUUUUUGAUCCCAUAUUUCUUUUUUCUGUUUAUGUGUGGCAUCCCCUUGUUUUAUCUAGAGGUAUGUCUUGGUCAGUUUUCAGGCAUCAGUUCCAUGUUUGUCUGGAAACUGUGUCCUGCUUUUAAAGGUAUUGGUUAUGGCAUGGUAAUUGUAUCUGGUAUGGCAUGUAUCUACUACAAUGCAGUCCUCUCUUGGGUCAUCUACUAUCUCAUCAAUUCCUUCUACCCUGAUCUGCCAUGGGCCUCUUGUGACCACUGGUGGAACACUAAAUGUUGUGUUGACCGCAGGGUCCAGGGAAAUCAAACUGAUAAUACCACUGAAAGUAUAUUCACUCAGACUGCACAGUGUAAUGACACAUCAAAACUAAAAACUGCUGCAGAGGAGUUUUGGCAGUACAAUGUAUUGAGAAAGUCCACAGGACUGGAUGACUUCGGCGAGAUACAAGUCCACAGUGCAAUGUGUCUACUGGCAGCCUGGAUUUUAGUGUGUCUGUGUCUUGUUAAGGGAGUUAAAUCCUUAGGAAAAGUUGUGUAUGUUACUGCAUUAUUGCCAUAUCUUCUUCUGACGAUCUUCCUUAUACGAGGGCUCAUGUUGCCUGGAGCUCUAGAAGGCAUUCGCUUUUAUGUUACGCCAGAUUUUGAAAAGUUAAAAAGUCUUACAGUUUGGGUUGAGGCAUGUGUUCAGGUAUUUUAUUCUCUUGGACCUGCCUGGGGAGGUCUGAUAACAAUGGCCAGCUUUAACAAGUUUAAUAACAAAUGUUUCAGGGAUGUUAUGAUUGCUUCUAUGGCAGAUGGACUCACAAGUUUUUAUGGUGGAUUUGUCAUAUUUGCUGUUGUAGGCUUCAUGGCCAAAGAAUCCAAUGUUUCUGUUUCUGAAGUGGCUACACAGGGCCCAGGUCUUGCACUUGUAGCUUACCCUGAGGCCAUUGCUAGGCUGCCUGUUCCCCAACUCUGGUCAGUGUUAUUUUUUAUCAUGUUAUUAUCUCUGGGAUUGGACAGUCAAUUUGGCAUGUUUGAAACAGUGGUGGCUGGACUGAUAGAUGCCUUCCCAAAACAACUAAAAAAGAAGCGUGUCUGGCUUACAUUUGGCAUUGCUAUGAUUAGCUUUAUUGUUUCACUUCCAGUUGCUACAAAUGCUGGUAUUUAUGUAUUUACUCUGCUUGACUGGUUUGUGGCUGCUUUUUGUGUAAUGGUGACCUCCCUAAUAGAGUGUAUUGUCAUUGCUUGGAUAUAUGGCGUGGACAGAUUCUGUGAGGACAUUGAAAUGAUGAUUGGAAGGAAACCAAAUUACUUUAUGCAAAUCUGUUGGGCAGUUAUAACUCCAAUUAUUAUGUUGGUCGCCUUCAUUUUUACCUGUGUCAAAUACACACUCCCUGUCUAUGACAAGUACAUCUUCCCAUUACAUGCUAACAUUAUUGGCUUCAUCAUUUCAUUCUUACCACUUCUACCCAUUCCUCUCUGUAUGGCUUAUGUCAUUUAUCAUAGAGGAGGAAGCUUUUCACAGCGCUUGUGUUCAUCAUUCCAACCUGAUGCUGAUUGGGGCCCAGCUCCAAAACAUUUGAGAGAUGAGUACCAGUUAAAGUUGGAGAAACGACGACAUCGGCCACACUGGUUUAUUGCUUUAUUUAAAAGAAUAAAGUUAUGAUAAUUAGUCCUGAUCUAGUUAGGUUAAAUUUUAUUAUUGUUGAGAAUUGACCAAUUGUCUGAUGACUAUAUAUAUGUUUUUGUAUUUGGUACAUUUAAUAAAAAAAUUGAAUUUGACAAAAUGGUGUACAAUCAAAUGAAAUCAAAGUAUAACUUAGAUCUGGCUUUGUAUUUUUUUUUUAUAAUAGGCAUAGCCCAUUCUAAGGGGAAAAUUGUAAAGAAAAAGGCUGUAUUAAGAAUGUGUUAAUGUAAAUGUAUAUAUUUAUAUAAAGGAAACGGAUACAUUUUAGAGUAUUCAUAAUUUAAAUUUUUUAAUAAUUUCUUUAAAAAAUGGACAAUCACUGUCGAUUCAUAUUUUUAGGUUGUGGUGACCAUAAAAUAUAUCAAUUUAGAUCUUUAGAUUAUUUUGAGUCCUAGCCCCUUUGAUUCAAUGAACUACUGAAUUGCACCCUGGAAGGUCUUUUUUAAACCUGUAUUUGUUACUUUUUACUGGAAGAGCUUCAAAGUGCAAUAGUUCCACAGGAGAAAUGAUUUGAUAAUUUAGAUCCACUUUGUGGAUGGGUCAAGGCUGAGAUAGAGUUCUUGAUUCUCUAGUAGGGUAAUUAAAUAAUUAGUCUUUUGAUUCCUUUUUUUUUAAAAUCAGUUUUUAUCAUAUGCAGUGAAGUUUACUGAUCAAGUACAGUAAUUUGUACCAGUAACCAAAAAAAGAAAACAUUUUAUAACAUUUUUAGUUAUGCUGUUGUACUUGUAGCAGUGGCCUUGUAAAAAAAAAAAAGCAUAUUUGUGCACUAAAUAAAUUAUUACACAUUUUUAUAACAGGAAAUUAAAUAUAUCACUGCCAUAUUUCUCUUGAUCUGCAGAGGAAAUAUUCUUAGCUCAUUAUGUUUAUAAUUUUUAAUAUUCUUUUAAUAUCUAUAAGCUUUUUUUUUUCUUUUCAAAAUAUUGAUUUCUUCUUUUCUUUCUUGAUUACCCAUGAAAUUAACUUGAUUCUUUUUGAUUAUCACAACAAAAGCUUCAUUUCAUAAUUUUAAGAAUUUCCUUCUUUGGUGAAAAUGUUUAAGCUUGUAGCAAUUUACAUAUACGUUUAAGUGCCAUGUAUGAUUUCUAUUAUUAAUUUGUCAUAUUCAGGUAUAAGUCAACCCAAAAAAAUGUACUGAACAUCUCAAUAUAUUUUUAACACAAUUUUAGAAUAUUAUAUCAUGCCUUAUUAGUAGAAAUUUUUUAUACAUGUUUUUUUUUAAUGUUAUUUUCUAUAUAGAGUUUUGUUCUGGCUUUAUUUAUUUCAGUUCAAAUUUCAAAAGGACUUUUAUAAAUACAAUCCUUUAUGUAGUUACCUAGUCAAAGUUUGAAUGUGCUGUAUAAUCUUUAUCAUCAUCAUUUGGACAUUUAUGUAACAGUCAUUUGAUACAAAAUGUGCUUUAAUUUGAAAGUUCAAAGACUCAAAAAACACUGUACAUGCAUGUUGUUCAUAUUUUCUUUAAUUUGAGAAGUAAAAUAGACAAAUUAUAUUAAUAUUUAUUUCUACCAUGACUGCCCCAUCCUUUGAAAUUAUUCCUAAGUUUUCAUUAUUUUGAUGCUUUUUCUAUGUAUCACAUUAUAUUAUGCAUAACACAUAACAAAAAUUUAAAGGUAUAAAUAUUUUCAUGGAGUUUAUAAUUUUCAGGUUUUGAAAGUUUACAUUAUUUUGUGUAAUAAUAUUUUUAUGCUAAUUAUACAUUUGCUGAUAGACAUAAAUCAAAACAACUUCAUUAUAUGUAAUAUAUAUUUAUUUAUUUAUGUGAUGAAACUGAAAAAAAAAUGUGUACAUCCAUAACAUUUUGAUACAUUUUAAUCACAUUUAUUUUUACUAAGAUUCUUUUUUGAUUGUUUUUGACCAAACCAGUCUUAAUUUGAUCAUGAAUUUUCUUUGUUCAUUUAAGUAAAUAUCAAAAUGAUCAGAAUUUCACAAAAACAGCACAAAAUAAUUCUUACAGGAGUUUCUCAGGUUUUAUCCAGAAGGAUGACAGUUAAUUUCUCAUUGUAAAGCCACAUGUCUUCUGAACUGAGGGUGUCUUGGGCUUGAAUCCCAGGAAAGACUUGAAUUUUAAAUUUCAAUUUUUAAGGGUGCUCUGAUUCUACCCAACUUUAAUAGGUACCUGACAUUUGUUGGAGAAAAGUAAAGGUCGGUUGCUAGUUGUGCUGGCCACAUGACAUCCUUGUUAACUAUGGGUCACAGAAAGAGAUGACCUUUACAUCAUCUGCCCCAUAGUUCGAAAGGUCUUAAAAGAGAACCUUGUAUUGUUAAUAAUAAUAAUACUUUAAUUUAUAUAAUGCUAUAAACAAAAAUAAUAUAGAUCAAAGGCCCUAUAAAACAGGUAAAGAACAGAAUAAGCACUUCCUCAUUAUCACUGAUUAUCACUGUGUUAUCCUGGCUCACUGGCUUGACAUAGACUUUUUAUUAUUAUAUUAGCUAAUUGUGUCUGUCUGGAUGGAAUCUUUUACAUUAUAUUUCUCCAACUUCUUAUUCUUGGAUCAAGUUGAAACUUUGUACAAUCAUUCAUUGUCAAUGAACCAAUAAAAAAAAUUAACCAAUUAGUUAUCAAUGAGUAGUAUUUCAUUUUAUGUAGAAAAUGUACUAAGCAAAAGGGUGAUAAGCCUUUUUCAGAGAAUCAGGUCCUUUGCUAAAAAAUUCAAACUAUAGACUUUUCUAGACCAUAAAACCUUUGAUUUUUUAAACUAGUUGUAUAUCUCAGAGGUUAAUGUGCAGGCCUUCCAUCCUAGAGGCUGGAAACCCCGAGUUCAAAUUCAGACUUUAGCAAAUUUAAAAAAAAUAGUUUUUGAAAAA